UUUCAGCUGUUCACUGACGGAAUCACCAAUAAAUUAAUUGGCUGCUACGUUGGUGACAUAACGGACGAUGUCGUUCUGGUUAGGAUCUAUGGAAAUAAGACUGAGCUCUUGGUGGAUCGAGACGAGGAAGUGAAGAGUUUCCGUGUGUUGCAGGCGCAUGGCUGUGCACCUCAGUUGUACUGUACUUUCAACAAUGGCCUGUGCUAUGAAUUCAUGCAGGGAGAAGCACUGGAUCCAGAGCAUGUAUGCAAUCCAGAUAUUUUCAGACUCAUUGCCAGACAGCUUGCUAAAAUCCAUACUAUUCAUGCACACAACGGAUGGAUCCCUAAAUCUAAUCUGUGGCUGAAGAUGGGGAAAUACUUCUCUCUCAUACCCACAGAAUUUGCAGAUGAGGAAGUAAAUAAAAGGUUUUUAAGCGACAUUCCAAGUCCUCAAGUUCUUCAGGAGGAGAUGGCCUGGAUGAAGGAAAGACUAUCAAAUUUAGGCUCACCUGUGGUACUCUGUCACAAUGACCUGUUGUGUAAGAAUAUUAUUUACAACAAGAAACGAGGUGAUGUGCAGUUCAUAGACUAUGAGUACUCUGGAUACAACUACCUGGCUUAUGACAUUGGAAAUCACUUCAAUGAAUUCGCAGGAGUAAAUGAGGUAGACUACAACCUUUAUCCUAACAGAAAAUUACAGGAACAAUGGCUGAGAUCUUACCUUGAGGCCUACAAAGAAUAUAAAGGUUUUGGCACAGAAGUCAGUGAAAAAGAAGUUGAGGUUCUAUAUGUCCAGGUCAAUCAGUUUGCACUGGCUUCCCACUUCUUUUGGGGAUUGUGGGCUCUAAUUCAAGCCAAAUAUUCCACCAUUGACUUCGAUUUUCUAGGGUAUGCAAUUGUUCGGUUUAACCAGUAUUUCAAAAUGAAGCUGGAGGUCAUGGCAUUAACUCUUCCUGAGUAAUGAAAGGAAGAAACUUACCAAGUGGAUAGACAACCCCUGAAUCUUUUCUGAGAACAGAUACUGGAAAAAAGCUAAACAUUUAUUGAAGUUCUGUAAUGCUCACUUGGUGGUUCUUGCUUUAUAAAUAAUGCCUCUAAACAGUCCUUCAAUGUUAAAUUUAAUAUGAAGAGCAUAUGUACUGCUGUUGAUAUAAAACAGAUUAGAAACUUUUUAAAUCUAUAAAAAGUUGUAGAAAUGGCAAUUUAAUCUUUCUUUGUAAUUUAACAUAUGUUGUAUGUGAAUUAUUUAUUAUAAGUUUAACAUGAUUCCAUUGCUGCUUUCAUCAGUUGUUGUAAAAGUUGGGUGCAGACGGUGAAGUUGUUCCAAAGGAUUUGUUUAAGAACUUAUUUUAUUGAAGUUGAAUUAACUUAUAUUCAAGAAAACAUGGUCAGUGAAUAUUCACCUUUUGGAU